UUAGCACCUUGAUGUCUUUAUUUGCGGCAUUCCUGCCAAUUACGCAAUAACCAGUCUUCACGAUGUGGAACACUUCGUAUAAGGACCGCGCGUGACUUCAUUCGACAGUUUUAUUUCUCGAUGGUUAAUCGUGGACAAACUGUUACCAACAUGAGCUUUUGGUCUCGCAGACGAUUUCGCAUCACUCCGCUACGAGCGUUGGCGGCAUUAUUUCUGAUGAUCAUGUUGUUCUGGUAUAGUCUCAGUCGGCAAGAAACACCCAGGCAACCAUGCAGCGUACCUGAGGAAUUUACGGAAAAACUACACGAACUUGCCUACAGGGUUCAUUUAGUGCUAGCGAAACUGGACAUCGUGCACUUUCUGUGCCUUGGAGGACUAUGGGGUCAAGUUCGGAUCGGUCGUGCCUUGCCAUGGGCACGUAAGGUCGAGCUUUGUAUGGUUGACACGCUCAGAGACGAUGUUUUAAUCACGAAAGCAUUCCGCGAAGUUGGUUUAAGCGCUACGUACUUGCACGCGGCUGGAGUAUAUCGUAUUCAAGAGCACGAGGUUGGAGAAGAUGCGCCCAAGGUAGAGAUCGUGGUUUUUGAAGAGGAUGCCGUGACACAAAUGUUAAGAAGAGUCGGUUGGACAAGAAGAGUGCUGCCUCCAGAUUGCGAAUUUUCUCCUAGUCUACAAUGUUUUCCACCUCAACUUGUAAUUCCUCCUUUACCGGCUAAGCAAUUUGGUGGUCGAUUAAUUCCUGUCCCUAGAGAAGGUAUCGAAUUGCAAAAAUAUCACUAUCCCAACGAUUGGUGGCUCGAGGUGAAACCCACCGAUUGUACCGAACCUCAAGAAACGAUUGCGUAGUACUACAAUUUUCUAGACACAAUGUAUUCCCAAUGUAACAAUCGAAUGGCCAGUAGAAAAUAUGCUCCUGAACUGCUAAAGAAAACACAUAAUAUCUAUCUUUGUUUAAUUUUAUUAGGAAAUCUUUUUUAUUUUUCAUAGAAAUCAUUUUAUUUCGUAAAGAUAUACAAUUGCUAAUGUAUAAUUCAAAUUUUCGAAAUUAUGAUUUGUAUUCGAAAAUUACAUAUAUAAUUUUUAAUCAUUUAAAAUAAGAAAUAAUGUAUAUUUGCAAUGCGUUUUUUUGAAUUUUUGAAUUUAACGCAUAGAAAACUUUUAUUUUGAAGAUAUAAAGGAUUUGUCGAAUUUAAAAUUGGUUAAAAAUGAUUUAAGAAUCAUAAAUGAUUCACACAAUGUGAAUGAUUAAUCACAGUUGAAAGUUGCGUUCUCUUUUUUAAAAACUUUCAGAAAUCUUUGUUCUUUUAUUCUAUUAUUAUAAGAUGGUUAAUGAAUGUAAUUAAUACAUGGAUAAUAGAUUUCGAGAUCUUCUAGUCAAGUAAAAGUCGCUUUGUUGAGAAACUAUCAUCAGCUGAGCUAUGUGAAACGUUCGGUAAUUAAAUACUAUAUGAAUAUAAAUACUAAUAUUUUAUCAUAAAGGAAUAAAAACAAAUUAUACUAUUAUAUGAAUAAAAUUUCGCACUGAGAUUUCUUCUGGGAUUUGCAAAUGAUUAGAAAAGUCAGAAUUAAAUAUGUGAAAUCAGAAA